ACAAACCAUAUCAUUUACAAUAAUUAACCUCCAAGAACACAACAUUUAAACAUGGAAAACUCUAGAUCAGUUUCGAUCCUCUUCUUUGUUCACACCGUAGUCUUAUCCAUCGUCUCCAUCAAUUGCAAAGACAACAACAAUCUCGUAACAAACCAAGCUGCUCUGUUCGUGUUCGGAGAUUCUCUGUUCGACGCCGGAAACAACAACUACAUAGAUACUUUCUCAAGAUUCAAGUCUAAUAUCUGGCCGUACGGUCAAACAACAUUCAAAUCGCCCACAGGAAGAAUCUCCGAUGGACGUUUGAUCCCUGACUUUAUCGGUGGUGCCGGAGCUUUGGUUGAAACCUUCCCCGGGAUGGUGAUAAGCUUGGGAGCACAGUUAAAUAACUUUAAAAACGUUGAAAAAAGGUUGAGAUCUGAGUUAGGAGACUCAGAGGCCAAGAGGAUUAUAUCCAGAGCUGUUUAUCUAUUUCAUAUUGGAGGCAACGACUACGUUUAUCCCAUUUUAUUUGCAAAUUCUUCCACUUUCCAAUCCAUUUCCAAAGAGAAAUUCAGCGAUUUUGUUUUUGGUAACAUAACCGCCGUAAUCGAGGAAGCGUAUAAAGUUGGAGGAAGAAAGUUUGGAUUCUUGAAUAUUGGAGCGUAUGAUUGUGCACCAGCCUCAUUGAUUAUAGACCGAACAAAGAUAGGAUCAUGUUUCAAGCCAAUUACUGAUCUGAUCAAUAUGCACAACAAGAAGCUUCCUAAUGUGUUAGAGCGUCUAGAGAGUGACCUAUCUGGAUUCAAGUACGCCCUUCACGAUUACCACACUUCUCUAUCUGAAAGAAUCAACAACCCUUUGAAAUACGGGUUUAAAGAAGGUAAGAAGGCAUGUUGUGGGACUGGACCAUUGAGAGGAAUAAAUACUUGUGGAGGCAGAGUUUUGGGACUAUCACAAGGUUAUGAAUUAUGCGAGAACGUUACGGAGUACUUGUUUUUCGAUUCAUUUCAUUUGAUGGAGAAAGCUCAUCGACAGAUUGCAAAGCUUAUUUGGAGUGGACCGUCUAAUGUUACUGGACCUUAUAAUCUAAAAGCAUUGUUUGAGUUGAAGUAGAAUUUGUCCAUGUAUGGAUAAGUAUGAAAAAUAAGA